AUGUCGUUAGAGAAUAGUAAACAGAUAUCGGCAGCAUCGUUGCAUCCUGAAUUAUGGACAAUAUCAUCGAAUGAUGCACUCAAGAUGUUUGUCACAAAUGGCGAACAAGCGAUAAAUUUCCAACCAUUGUUUACCUACCCGAUAUUUGGAGAUGCCGAGACGGUAUAUGGGUAUCAAGACUUGAACAUCUUUCUUUGCUUUGACCACUACACGUUCAAGCCAUUUCUCAAUAUCAAGUAUAAGGAGAAAUUGGAUGAUCCCGAGUUGGUUGAUUUGAAAGCCACUAUGGACAAAUAUGUUCCGGAAAGUACCGUGUUUAAAGAUGAAAUUGCCUGGGUUGAUUCAAUUAACGAAGAAAAGAAAAUUUACAAGAUACCAGGUGAUCAGAUAGAUACAUUUAAACAAGAUGAUGUUGAAUACGAGGUAUACAAGAUUAACCUAAAACUGGCAGCCGGGGUUGAGUUACAUAAACGGCUACAGAUUCUUGUUUUGUUAUAUAUUGAAGCAGGUUCAUUCAUUGAUGUCGAAGAUGAGUUGUGGGAUCUUUAUGUCCUUUAUGAAAAGACACCAGAGGAUAAAGAACCAUCUGUUGUUGGAUUCGCCACUGCUUAUAAUUACUGGAAGUACCCGGGAGCCAAAGCAUUUGAUGAUGAAAAAGCAGAAGUUAGGAUCAAAAUAUCCCAAUUUAUUAUCCUUCCAAUAUACCAAGGACAGGGACUUGGACAAUCGUUUUAUAGCCAUCUUUGCAAGUAUUGGUUGACUAAUGACGAUAUUGUCGAAAUUGUAGUUGAAGAUCCCAAUGAAGGUUUUGAUGAUAUGAGGGAUCGAGCCGAUUUGAAACGGUUGGGUGAUUUGGGGUUUGACUAUGACAAGAUUGUUGCCAAGAACAUUGAUCAAGAUUGGCUUAAUAAAACAAGAGCACAGUUGAAGUUGGAGAAACGACAAUUUGCAAGACUUUUGGAAUUGAUCUUACUAUAUAAAUUGAAGCAUAAUAAGGAUGUGUCCAAAUCAGACGUGAGGUUAUUCAUCAAGAAAAGAUUGUACAAGAAAAACAAAGAAGGGUUGGAUGCUUUGGAUGAAGCUACCAGACGGGAUAAGUUGCAAACUGCUUACCAAGCAUUGGAAGAUGACUAUUACAGAAUCCUUGGGGAUGUGAGACUUUCGGUGAAGAGGAAACUCGAUAGUGAAGAUGGCCCACAAAGCAAGAAGAAGAAAGUGGAUUGA